AUGGACAACUCUUCAGAUGCUCACAGCCGUCACAGGUGCGCGGCGUGCUACCGUCAGUUCAACAGGAUGGAGCACCUGUUGGAGCACAUGCGAUCGUCGCACCACUCCCACCAUGAGCCCCGCUGCGGUGUCUGCAGCAAGCACUGCCGCUCCCUUGACGCGCUCCGCGACCACCUUGGCUUUGGCGCCUCCCUGCCCUCCAAGCCUGCCUGCGCCACCGCCUUCCAAGCCCGCGGCUGCCUGCUCUGCCUCGCCGUCUUCCCCACCGCCAGCGCCCUCCGCGCACACUGCGCCGCAUGCAAGCUCUCCCGCGCUCCGAUCCCCUCUUCCGCGCAGAGCCUCACGAGGACUAUGUUGAGGAUGGGCGUGCGAGGCGGUGGGGGCGCGGUGGCGCUGGGGUGCAAGAUGGUCGGCAGCGGGAGCGAUGGCACCCUCGACGUGUGCGCGCACGUCUGCGUCGUCGACGAGCAGGAGGUCAUCCUCUACGAGAGCUUCAUGAAGCCCCUCAUCCCGGUCACGCACUACCGGUACGAGACCACACGGAUCCGGCCCGAGCACCUCCGCGACGCGCCGACGGUGAAGCAGGCGAUGAGGCGUGUGCAUGACAUCCUCCUCAACGGUGAGCAGUCCUACUCCUACCCCUCACGCGGCGCCGCCCGGCUCCUCGUCGGCCACGGCCUGGAGCACGACCUCGAUGCGCUCGGCAUCACUACCGGAACAGGCUCCCGUCGGCUUACGAAGGCCGUCGGCAUACACGUGGGGCCCGGCCACCCCCUGGCAAACGGCGUCAGAGCUAUGUCGACGGCCUAG